GCGCUCGUUUGACCAUCCAGGAUCCCAAGAUCAGCGCUUUGACUAGCAACUUGACAAACCGAAAACACGCACCGCUCAGGAAUUGCAUUUUCACGAACCUCUGGACACUUGACCAUAUUGGGCAACUUUUGCCCACUUAUACCUUGACUCGUGCUUUGUGAUUCGAUUGGCACUGGGAUUUGCAUUGACCUUUCAAACGCUUCCAUUCUGGCGCCCCACCAAACACCCCCGCCCUCCAACGGGGGCUCCUCCUCCGAUUCACCGCCACGCACUGUGCGAAAGGAUACGGUGGCACUAAAGCUGGAGCUGGCGGCCGCGCUUGGAGAAAGGGGAGCCGAGUAUUGGUCAAAAUUUAAAGAGUUUAUUAAUGGGAAAUGUUCGAGGAAAGAGUUUGAUGCGGUUGCGGGAGCUAUCUUGCAAAAGAGAAAGGUCACUCUUCACAACAAGCUCAUCAUGGCCAUCCUCCACAACGUUUACAAAAACGCUCCACCACCAACUACGACAGUCCCUCACGCACAGUUCCCUUGUAAACCAUCUUCCACGACGACGCAGAGUUCGGCUCCGUCAACAUUGGCAGGGACGAAACGUAAAGCGACAGAAUUAUUGCCUGAAUGGAGGGUAAAGUUGCGACGGAGAGAGGUCAUGUCGUUUGCGGCCAGUAAUCGACAGAGGAUUGUGAAUUUGCUGCCAAACCGAUCUGUGGCCCUUGCAAUGGCACGAGCCCCUCAGCAUCAUCGAUUACCACCACCGACAUACAGCGUCUUGUCAAAGCAGGCGCCAGAGAUCACUAGUAUACCACCCAUGUGCCAUGAAGACCGCGCAUUACCAACUCUGGAUACCUUGCGUGAUGCGAUGGCUCUGGAAGCGCAAAUCGAAGGAUUACCGGAAGGAUUAGAGUCUGAAGACUGCGUAAAAUUGGUAGCCCUGGCUUUGAAGAACUUUAUGAUGAACCACCUCACCACCGUCCUCCGCAUGACCCGCCCCAUAACAAAACCACCCACCGAAACCGAAACCCCAUCCGCUCCCCCACCAACCCCGCCAAAACCCCGACCAUCGUCCACCUCCAACUCCCCCACCAAACAACCCCUACCGUCAUCAACAACAACCACACCACCUAAGCCCCAAGACACCAAAAGCUUUGUAUCCCUCUCUGAUAUAUGUUUUACGACAGAUUUGGCUCCACAUACAAUUACACGUACUCGUGGCGGAUUAUCCCUUGUCGAAGAGGCGACAACCCGUUUGGAUGUGUUUGAAGGGACCAUUGAGGAGCAGAUUGGACCAACCAGGAAAAGUCAGCUACGAGAGCUAGGGAUUGUGGGAUGGAAGUGAACAAAUGUUCGUUUUUACUGGUCAUUUGUCUUUUUUUUGCUGGCUUGGUGUUUGUCAGAUUGGCCAUUGUGUCUUGGACCAUCAUUUGUAAAUGAUUAUUUAGUGGCGAAGUGGCAUAGAAGACUGUCUUUACCGGGUUUUUUUUUCCUAUUUACAUUAUCAGAUACCUCAAC